AUGAGGCGCCGGGCAAGUCCCGGGCUGGGCGUGGCCUUUCAGGGAGCUGUUGCAGGUGCCCAAGUGAGGGCGCUGGCCAGACACCGACACACCCACACCCACACCCCGGAGAAACUGCUCACUGCUUGGGGAGUGGUGAUGAGCACGAGCUCUGUUGCACCUGGCCGGCUCCUGCAGCAUCUUUCUGCCCAAUCAAGCAAACAUCUGGCCGGCAGUGACCCCUUCUCCAAGGGCGUGGUGCUCUGGCUGGAGGAGCCCAGCGCCGGCCCUCAGCCCCUCUGUGCCAUCCACAUGGGGCCCCAGAAGGGCUCCCCCAGGCCCCAGCACCCCACUCCCUGGCCUGCCACGAGGGCCGGGAUGCCGAUCGCCAAGUGGAGCAGUGACCACGUCUUCAUGAGCGCUCCCCUGAGCGGGGCCCUGGCAGUGGCCUUCUUCGUGGGGAACCUGGUCCUGGCGAGAUCACAGGAGAACACACAAGCGUCCAACAGCCUUGAAGAAGGAGCUGACACCACAGCUCAGUGGUGGGGAGAGUGGACCAAGUGGACGGCUUGCACCCGGACGUGUGGGGCAGGAGUCAAGUCCCAGGAGAGGCACUGUCUCCAGCAGAGAAGGAAGUCGGUGACAGGCUUUCUUAACAAAACAUGCACUGGGACAUCCAAAAGAUACCAGCUCUGCAAAGUACAACUGUGCCCCCCGAACACCAGGAGCUUCCGGGAGGAGCAGUGCUCAUCCUUCAACUCUCAUGUGUACAACGGACGGACAUAUCACUGGAAACCGCUAUACCCUGAUGACUAUGUCCACAUCUCCAGCAAGCCAUGUGAUCUCCAUUGCACAACUGUCGAUGGUCAACGGCAGCUCAUGGUCCUGGCCCGGGAUGGGACAUCUUGCAAAUACUCUGAUUUCCGAGGGGUUUGCGUGUCUGGAAAAUGUGAGCCCAUUGGAUGUGAUGGGGUUCUCUUCUCGACCCACACGUUGGAUAAAUGUGGCGUCUGCCAAGGGAAUGGAAGCAGCUGUGCCCAUGUGACCGGGAGUUACAGAAAGGGGAACUCACACCUUGGCUACUCUCUGGUGACUCACAUUCCUGCCGGAGCAAGAGAUAUCCAAAUAGUUGAACGGAAGAAAUCUGCGGAUGUUUUGGCUGUUGCAGAUGAAGCUGGCUUUUACUACUUCAAUGGGAACUUCAGAGUAGACAGCCCCAAAAACUUCAACAUUGCAGGGACCAUCUUCAAAUAUAGGAGGCCGAUGGACAUUUAUGAGACGGGCAUAGAAUACAUUGUGGCACAAGGGCCAACCAAUCAGGGCUUAAAUAUCAUGGUUUGGAACCAAAACGGUAAGAGCCCAUCAAUCACGUACGAGUAUAUCCUUCUGAGGAGGCCACACUCCGAAAGCAUGCAGCCUAUUUACUACACCUUCUCUGAAUCAGAGAGCGAAGAAAGCAGAGAGCUGGAUGGAGGAGAGCCUUUGGGGUUUGUUCAGCACAAUGCAAGCUUCUUUGGGACUCUCUCCAAAGAGAAGAUUCACGUGAAGAAUCAGGUUUUUGGCAGGCAAGACCCAACUGAAGACUUGGACUUGAGCAAACUCCAAGAGACCAAUGAAGUCUGUGGACAGACAGAAACCAAUGAGUGUGAUCCAGCCCUGAAGGGUGCGCAGACCGAAGAUUCAAACGCAACCAAAUCCAAUUACAUGGUGGAAGGAAAUGGGAGAGAAUUCGACUCCCAAGUAGCAUCUAAAGAAUUCCUUUCAGAAAAUGCCAUCACCUAUAAACUUUUGGACAAGACGUCCGACUCCAAAGAAGCCGUCCGGAACAAGACCACAAACAGCAUCUUUUCUCCAAGGAGCCCCAUCAACUCUGUGGGGUCCCACAUGGACAGCCUUUACGUGGAGUAUGACGAUAACGACGAGGUGCUGACGUACGCCAUCAACGGCACUUUCAUGGAACUGACCCAUGACAAAAACCUCAAUGCCUCGUCAGAGACCCCCUUCGCCAACGCCUCGGCCAACAGCUCUCAAGGGAACAGAACCCACAAAGCCAGGAACCGGCUGAAGCUCUUCCGAAAGGGCCAAAACAUGAGCCCAGCAGACAUGUACCGGUGGAAACUCUCCUCUCACGAACCCUGCAGCUCUACUUGCACCACGGGUGUGAUGUCCACCUAUGCCAUGUGCAUCCGCUACGAUGGGAUUGAAGUGGACGACGUGUACUGCGAUGCCAUGACCCGUCCUGAGCCAGUCCACGAAUUCUGCGCAGGGAGGGAGUGCCAACCCAGGUGGGAGACCAGCAGCUGGAGCGAAUGUUCACGGACCUGUGGGGAGGGCCACCAGUUCCGCAUUGUCCGGUGCUGGAAGAUGAUCUCGCCCGGAUUCGACAGCUCCGUCUACAGCGAUCUCUGCGAAUCUGCCGACAUCACACGGCCCGAAGAACGGAAGGUCUGCAAAAACCCGGUGUGUGGCCCGCACUGGGAGAUGUCUGAGUGGUCAGAGUGUACAGCCAGGUGCGGCGAGAAAAGCAUCGUGAGCAGAGACAUCCGGUGCUCCGAGGAGGAGAGGCUGUGUGACGCCAGCGCCAGGCCCCCGGAAGAGAAGAACUGCACGGGGGCCCCCUGCGACCGGCAAUGGACCGUCUCCGACUGGGGGCCGUGCAGCGGAGGCUGCGGACAGGGCCGGGUGAUCCGGCACGUCUACUGCAAAACCAGUGACGGGCGUGUGGUGCCGGAAUCGCAGUGCAACCUGGAGUCCAAACCACUCGCCAUCCACCCCUGCGGGGACAAGAAUUGCCCUGCCCAUUGGCUGGCCCAGGACUGGGAACGGUGCAACACCACGUGUGGCCGAGGGGUGAAGAAGCGGGUCGUGCUGUGCCUGGAGGUGGUCAAUGGGAAAAUCAAAACUCGGAGCCCGGCAGAAUGUGACAUCACCAAGAAGCCAACAGAGGAAAACACCUGCUUUGAGCGGCCUUGCUUCAAGUGGUACACGACCCCGUGGUCUGAGUGUACGAAGACUUGCGGCAUCGGGGUGAGGAUGAGGGACGUCAAGUGUUACCAGGGGAAGGACCUGAUCCGGGGCUGCGACCCGCUCGUCAAGCCUGUGGGGAAACAGACCUGCGACCUACAGCCCUGCCCAACCGAGCCGCCAGAUGACAGCUGUCAGGACCAAGCAGGGACCAACUGUGUGCUGGCCAUCAAGGUCAACCUCUGCAGCCACUGGUACUACAGCAAGGCCUGCUGCCGCUCCUGCAGAGCACCCCGCUCCUAACAGGGGACCGGAGGGGUGAGGGAGCCGCCAUUCCGAUGAGCCACCCGCAGGGAGAC